AUGGUACGCCGUAAACAUCAAAGAGAAGUGCGGUACUCCAAUAUUAAAAGGACCGGGUGUACAGCAAGUGUGAAGUUCCGAUUGAUGAAAGAAACAACAACAUAUGAGUGUUAUGGUUUUGAAGAGGAUCACAACCAUUCACUUUUGAGACACGAGGAUAUGGAUUUGACCAGAAAAGGACGCCAAAUGAAAUUUUCAGAUCAGCGAUUUGUUCAUGAUGYCGGAAUCUCAAAUAUGGGUGCCACACGGGCGCAUAAGUUGCAUACGUCUCUAAGAGGAGGGUACGAAUACGGUGGUCCAACGGUUGUCGAUUAUCAAAAUUAUAAGAGGAACUGUGACAAUUUUGUCGGUCGUGGUGAUGCAAAGGUGUUGGUUGAUUUGAUGACAAAGAAGAGGGAUGCUGAUCAUAAUUUCUUUUUCGAGUACAAUUGUGUUGGUAGCGAGUUGCAUACUAUYUUCWGGGUUGAUGAAGUAGCUCGAUUCAAUUAUUCUGAAUUUGGAGAURUAAUAUYUUUUGAUGCUACAUUCCGAACAAACAGACAUUCCAUGGUUUUUGUGCCCUUCACUGCGGUUGACAAUCAUAACUGCAAUGUCGUUGUUGGAUCGGCUUUGGUUGGACAUGCGCAUGUUCCAAAUUACAAGUGGCUACUCCAAGCAUUUCAGAAAGCACAUUCAAAGCCCCCUAUGAUGAUUCUUACCGACCAAUGUCCUGCAAUGAAGCAAGCAAUUACAUCAGUCUUUCCAGAUUCAAGGCACAGACUUUGUAUUUGGCACAUCAUGAAUAAAGUUCCAAACAAGUUUAGUUACGAUCUUCUUAAUAAUACCACGUUUAAGAAACAAUUUUUCAAGCUCGUAUGGAACAUUCACAUAUCACCUAAUGAGUUUGAGAGUAGAUGGAUGGUUCUUAUCGAGGAGUUCUCCCUUCAAGAUCAUCCAUGGUUGAAAGAUAUGUUCGCUCUAAGAUCCCAAUGGAUACCCGCGUAUUUUAAAGAGCUUCCAAUGUGUUGCCUCAUGAAGACAACAUCCAGACGUUUAUAUUAUGCACAAGUUGUUCGUAACUUGAAGGAGUCUACCGUUGUUUGUAGUUGCAACUACAUCGGUCGUCAUGGUUAUUUAUGCAGACAUGUGUUCAAAGUUUUACUAAACGCCGGUGUUGAAUUUAUACCUGAAGAAUACAUUUUGAGAAGAUGGAGACAUGACCUUAUACCUAUUGAACUUCAAAACAGUCGUCAAAGAAUAUGCGACGUAGGCGAGGAUCAACGGAGAAUAAUUAACGAUACAUAUGAAAUCAUCGAUGAUGUGUUGGAUAUAUUAAGAGAUGACAAAGAAAAACUAGAAUCAUUUGUGGCUACACUCAAAGAAAUGAGAGAUGAUGUAGCCAAAGAUCGCACAUAUGAACCUUCGAUGAAACGUAAAGAGCGUGGAAUAGAACAAAUUAUUGGUUUUACAAGACCUGAUAACAUUGAGAUACAUCAUGCUACCGGUAUAAGAAACAAAGGUUGUGGUACGUCGAAAAGAUUGAUUGGUGCAGCUGAGAAAGCAGCAGUGAAGAGUAGCAGGCCUAAGAGGAUGUGUAGGGGAUGCAAUAUGAUGUUUAAUCAUGAUAUCCGUAACUGUCCAAAUAAGACAAAGUAG